AUGGCUAGGAAAACAAUUCUUGACAUCUUAUUCGAUAUUCCAUCUCAAAUCUUCUCCAGCAAUGAAUACUUUACAAUGACUCAUACUAAGCCAUGUAACAAGGAGUCUUGUACCGUAUGCUCUUCAUUGGGUCCGGAUUUCCUAUUUUUCGAUGACACUAAUACAACUUUUGUAUUGGAUACUUCGAACGAUAAGAUGUUCAUCAGAACUCCUAAAACGGAUCGUACGAUGAAGAACCACGAGGGAGAGUACACAGACAACAAAGAAGCUCGUAGAAAGGUUUUGAAAGAACAGAAAGAGAGAAGACAUAAAGAGAUGUUGAGAAAGCAAGAAGUAUACGAAGAUAAAACAAUUUCCUAUACAUACCGGAAAGGAAAGCUCCUUAGAACACUAGGAAUUCAGACUGAGACAUGUGUCUAUUUCUUGUUUGACAAAUUCCUUCGAGAGAAGUGCGUUGAGAUGGCUGGAUUCUAUACAACUGUUUCGAGCGAUGAGAAGGAUCUAAUCGUGUAUAGGAGAAAUGGAAAUUCCGAUUAUGAAAGUAUCAUGGAUGAUUCAUUUCUUUUUUGCCAUGAUAAUUAUAUAGAAAUCACAAAUAAGUUCUAUGACAUCGCAGAUAAUACUGAUGAUGAAGAUGAGGAAGAAGAAGAAGGUGGGUUUGUUGGUGUUUCAAUCCGUGCUCGUGACGGAUCAACAAAGAACUACAUGUAUUGGGAGAAUUUCCCAGAUCCAUUAUCAAGUGAUGAAGAGACUCCUUACAAUUCUGAUGAUGAGUACUACCGUGAUUCUGAACUCGAAGAUGUUGAUUAUGACACAGAUGAUAACCCAGUUUACUGGAUUUAA